AUGGACGACGACUGGAUGAAAGCGUUUGAGAUCGACUUGGGAUUGGACUCUGAAAGUCCCACCGUGAAUGAGGACCCGACGCCCGCACCACCCCGGGAAGCCACUCCCACGCCUCCCGAAGGCCCACACCAAGGCGCAAGCGCAUCUCCUGGUGCUGAGUCUGCUGCUGUCAGCCCCAACACCGAACCCUCGCCAGCCUCCGAGGACCAUGCAGCCCAGCAUUCACCGCUUCCCGACCACACGUCCCUUCCCGACACACGUCCCGACGGUCAUAAUGCUCCCGAACCUGCGCAAGUUCCCGACGACGAACCUGUUCCCGAUGAUGCUUUACCUCCCGACGCACAAGACCGGAUUUCUUGGAGUGACAAGGGGAAGGGGCGAGCGGCCUCUCCGCACUCUGCGGCUGCUGUGACGCCACCCCGCACGAACUCGUCGCCGGACACGACGCCCGACCCACCCACCCAAGCAUCUCCACCAUUUCGCCUUCCCCUUCCACGUACAACGCCUUCUGCUUCUUCUGUUUCAAAGGAGGGUACUCCGCGACCCCAAGCGUCUCCUAUCAGUGUUGUCAGCAGUCCAGAACGUGCGGCAACCGUUCCGGAACCGGCGAAGGCGACGAGAAGGGCUCCCGACGUCGACCUGACGAUGGAGUCCGACGGAGAGGAUCAACAGAAGGGUCGGAAACGGGUGAAAAGGAUGAGGAGGGUGGAAGUUGAGGUACGCGGCUAUGAAGAGGAUGAGAGGGGUGAGGAGCCGACAGAACGGAUUUUGGGGCGUCGCUACAACUACCCGCUGCCGCCGGAACUUAAUAUGCUGCCUGCACCACAGCGCAAUGGUGGGCAGCCUUUACACGCGAGUGACGCCGCAUUUUGGGCCGCAUACGGAAACAUCAAAUCGUUUGACGCGUUCAUACGACGGGUGGCACACGAGGACGAUGCCGUUCCGGCCCUGCCGCGCCACAUGUACAGCAUGGGCGUUGAGAUGGCGUUGGUGCACGCCUCCACUUACACAAGACACGUUCACAACGCACGACGCGUAGUCGCUGCGCAGGACCUCGCAUCCAAGACAUCGCGGAACUUGGGACGCCUUCGGGAACUACAAGAACAGUUGCAGGCUGUGAAUGGAUUCCUCAACCCCUCCGCCAACGAUGAUACUGGGACGCCAAAUGGCCCGGCAUUUGGCCUGAACAGCGUGCGCAACAUGCGCGAGCCUCCGCAUGCACCGGUUGACACUCAACGCAAGGCGGAGGACAUGGCGUUGCGCAACUCCGCAGUGUCGGGGCCGUCGGGAUCGGCGUCGGGUAGCGGUUCGGGACAGGCGUCGGGAAGUGGGUCGGGACAGGCGUCGGGACGUGGGUCGGGAAGUGCUGGUGUGGGAUCACAGCUUGCGCAGGGCAUGGCAGAGAGGUCCAUGUCCUCCACAUCUCAUGGGCUGAAGCGCAAGCGCGCCGUGACUGACACGGACAGUUCUGCCCCGGAAUCUCCUGUUGGGAAAAAGCAGACCCGACCAUCCCGAGACUCACCAGUCCCUCCUACCCGCCCACCCGCUAAGCCCAUCAUGUCAGGUUGGGUAGAAGAGGCGCUUCCCGGCCCGCGCUUGAAGCCCAAGCCGGGUACUGCGAAAAAGCCUCUCAUCCGCCGCGAUAAGGUGCAGACAGGAGGUCCAUCAGGAAGAAAGUCCGCGCCAGUGAUGGGGUCGGGAAGUGGCUCGGGAGCAUCGGGACGUCAGUCAGGCUGGAUGCCACAUCCGCCUCGGAUGCGCAAGAGCUUGCAGGAGGAAAGUACAGGUCGGUCAAGGCCGAAAGCGUUGGACUAUUUGGACUUUCCGGACUCGGACGAUGACUUCGACUCAUAA